UGUCUAAGGAAAACAAAUAUACAGAGACGGAAUGCUGUGGGCUCAUGACAGAAACAGUUAACGCCUAUAAAAUCCGGUACUUUCUUGGCAUCCUCGGUUCACAUAAGGAAUAACAAAGCUUAAUAUUCCCAGCACCUUGCUGCAUUAAUAGAGUAGGGAGGAGUGCCUGGCGCUACCCCGGUGGCACAGAGUAGACGCUGGCACAGCUGACCUGCCCCCCCCCCGUUGAGUGGACGCGGAUUUUCCAAGCCCCCUUGUUACGAUGCAGAAGUGAUUUUCCGCUUUGCAUAGAGGUUGCUUUCAUGCCACUUCCCCAUUCCCCCGUGCAGUCUCUUCCCCCCGUGCAGUCUCUUCCCCUGUGCGUUACGCCUGCCGGCUCGUCGUCUCAGUGACAGAGAGAGAAAACUUUGAGACGCCAGGCUAAAGGAUCCAUGUGAGCCAGAUGUACCCGUCCCUUUGGACUCAGCGUGUUCCGUUCCCACUCUCAGGUGUUGGAUCAGAGCAGAGGUUCUGCAGAGGUUCUGCUUCAGACUUCUCACUGGCGCCGACACACAAGCGCAGGUGAUGCCAUUAGCCCUUCCUCGCCUGAAGACUAUGCUGAAAACUGACGCACUGAGCCUACUCUGAGCCACUUCCAUAAAUGCCUUCGCCUCUGCAUCUAUGGAGCAUUCCGAGGCGGAGGUGGACAUGAUUCAUCAGAAGGUGAGAGCGAUUCUCCGCGGGCUCGAUGGCCAACAUCCGGCGCUACAGUCCGACCACGGAAUGCUCAGAUGGACGUUGCACAAAAGCCUGGACAGGAAUCCGGCCAGUGGGAGCGUCAUUGUGGGGAUUCUAAUCAAGGAACUGGAAAAGGCUGAGCGCAGUGACACCCUACACUAUAUCAUACCGCUGCUGCACACACUGAUGUACACCAUCACUAAGGCUGCGUACAUCUCCGAUGAGCUCUACGAGAGAGUGUACGUGUUCUGCAAGAAGAUCCUGACGCUUCCCAAACCCUACUGUACCAUCGCGCUGGAUUACGCCAACAGGCUAAAGGCGGAAAAGAAAGUCCCAGGUUUUUCUUACCAAAAAUUGGUAACGACAGAGCAAAACCUUCGGCGGGACGCACUGCAGCAGCAGCAGGACAAGGUUCUGCUGUUCUUGGACCCCAAUAUAAUCUCCGAGGCUGUGUGCAACACCCUCCUGCGGGAGACCCAGGCCUCGCAGAUAUCCCAGACGCCAGUGAAGUGCAUGUCCUACGUGAUCACCAACAGCUUCCAGGCUGCACUGGGGCAGGACUGCAACGUCCGGCUGCUGCAACAGGUGCUACAGGACCUACCGCCGGAAGAGGUGGAGCUCUGGUUCCAGGAAGUGUUGUCGGCGGUGGAGCACAGCGCGAGGGAGAACGGGAUUGGCCGGCAGAAGCACAGCCAGAGGCUGCGGGAGAUAUACGGGAAGAUGGUCGGCACGUCGGAGGAAGAAGCGCCGGUAUCCAAACUGCAAGUGAUCCCCUGCCCCAGUCCGGACAUUCGGGUGCACUUAUGGACUAACGAGGACCAGCUAUGGAAGGAGCUGGUCCUUAUAACCAAAGAGACACAGAACACAGACAUAGAGGCGGAAUCCUUCCGGAUCCCAGAGCUGCCUAUGGAUGGGGAGGGCACUGAGCAGAACCGGAUAUCCGUGUGGUCCAACGACAGCGGGAUAGAGAGGGACCUGCCCGGGGUGGAAGAGAAAGAGUCGGCCAAGCUACAGCGGAAGCCGUGCAUCAAGAAGAAAGGUCCAGAUUUGGACUCUGCAGUUCUUCUCCAGAACCUGACCAAGGCACCCAAGGGCAGCCGUGUCGGGACCCUGCAGAGGCUCUCGGGGCAGAGCACAGAGGUUCCAGCGGAGCCAGAAAAACUUCCCACUGCACGGAUCAUUAUACUGGGUGACGACAGGGCGCUAGGCAAGCUGGCUAAGGCCUACUACUCCUACAGGAAAAGAGAAGCAAGGAGGCCCCACCGGACACUGAAAGCCCACCUGCAGUUUUACUGUAUCCCAGUCCGAGGCGAAUCGACUGACACCUCACCUGACAAGGAUGACCCCCCUAUCAUGAAUGAAGUCUGUGAAAUAAGCACAUACCUAGGCCGCGUGGAUCCGUGGUAUGAGGGAAACAUUAACACUCUGCGCGACAUGAUCCCCAAACUCUCACUCAUGCCACCGUGGCCCACCAGCGAUGCCACGUCGGACCCUUUCAUCCUAGAUGUGACUUCCUACUAUCUGCGCUUCGGCAUUCAGCCCGUCUACUUCCAGAUUUACAGCAUCAAGAUCUUUUUCAGAGACACGAGCCUAGAGCCGGGGGAAGACGUGUUUCUCACUGAGCUGAAGGUGGAGCUGCAGGACUGCCCCAUAAGCAAGGUGAGCACCUUACCCAGGAAAAAGGCAGUUACAGACUCACGAGGCGGAAUCCAAAUCCAUUACACAAAGGCGCUGGCCAGUAACAGGGAAAAGGAAGGGUCCCUGGUGCUGAGGACCUCGGGCGCAGUGAUAAAAACCAUUCCUCGCAAUGAAGCCAAAGACCUCGUAUGCCUGAAUGUGUACACGGAUGAACUGACGCGGUCGUCGCAGUUUGGCACGCGCCAUGCCCCGGGCAACAUGAGCGUGCUCAGGGCCUGCAGCGUGCAAAUGAGGAGCCUGGAGAUCCGCACCCUCACUCUGCAGCUGGACAAGGACUCGCGCAGGGUCUAUACCAACGUGGCAAGAUUUGAGGUGUCGCCCUGCCAGGAGCCGGGGUACAGCCUGCAGAAGCUGCGGACACAGCGCGCCCACGGGGACCCCAAUGAAGAGGGGGGGCUGAGCCGAUACAUGACCAAGUCCUUGCUGCUGCCCAUUAACACAUUCGCCGGCAUCAUCCACGGAUAAAAGUCAUUAUAAAGCUGAGGAGAAAGCGGCCGAACGCACAAACAAACAACGAGGGGACCUCAAGCAGUUACUGAACUACAGAUCCCAAAGCUGAGAGUUGUAGUUCAACCAGAGAGACUUACAUACACCUAAAUGCCUCCGCAGAGAUCUGGCAGCACUGAGGAACGAACAAAACCACGACUGUAUCUCCCUUGUACAGAUGUAACUAGCCCCUCCCACACGGGCCAUGGCCACGCCUUUAUUUAUUGAUACCUCCUGUAAUAAAUGUCAUUUGUGUCAUGA